AAAAUUUCUCCAUAUAUAGAUAGAUCCCACUGGCCAGUGGCCACUCAAUAAAAAAUAAAAUAAAAUCCAUCUCAAGGGCAUAUCCGUCCUAAAAGAAAAAUACCUCCAAGCAUAAAUGUGCCCCACUCUCGUGUUCAUAUGAUGGUUCACUUGCCCUAGUACCACUAGCUCUCAUUCAUUUUCUUCUUCUCCUUCUAUGCUCUAAUUAAUUCCGUGUUGGUUUUUUCACACGUGUGAGCAAACAAACAUGGAUGCUGGCCACGCUCCGCCAUAUGGUCUAACCCUAGCUGAGUUUUCCGAGCUGGAGCUCAUCGACACGUACCACAAAUUCGAGCCGUCGCCGAACACAUGCACGUCGCUAAUAACGCAGAAAAUCGAAGCUCCGGCACAGCAAAUUUGGCCGUUGGUCCGGAACUUCGACAACCCUAAAAAAUACAAGCACUUCAUCAAGAGCUGCAACAUGAAAGGCGACGGCGGAGUUGGGAGCAUAAGGGAGGUGAUGGUGGUUUCGGGGCUCCCGGCGUCGACGAGCACCGAGAGGCUGGAGAUUUUGGACGACGAGAAGCACAUAAUAAGCUUUAGAGUUGUGGGAGGGGAGCACAGGCUUAAUAACUAUAGGUCGGUUACUUCGGUCAAUGAGUUCGUUAAUUGCGAAGGUGAGGAGGGGAAUAAUCAAGUGUACUCGAUUGUCUUGGAGUCGUAUGUGGUGGACAUACCAGAAGGGAACACCGGGGAGGAUACAAAGAUGUUUGCGGACACUGUGAUCAAGUUGAACUUGCAAAAGCUUGGAGUGGUGGCUAUGGCGGCGAAUGUGCAUGGCAACACUGGAGGAGGACAUGAUCAAUCAUGAAUUGACUAUUAUAUUUUUUUUAUAAAAAAAUAAAAAUAAAAAUCAAAUUUUAGUGGUUAGUGCAUUGCUGUUAAUUUUGAUGCAAGUUGAAUAUUGUUCCCAUUUCUUCUUUUUUAUUUUAUGAUUUUUAUUUCACUUGGUACGGUUGGGGAUUUGAUAAAUAUGUAUAUUUUUAUUUGCUUGCGGGGAUGGGAAAGAGAUCCUAAUCUCUUCCACCGAA